AUGGAUUCGCAGAUCGACAUUCCAGCUGUCGCUAAGCACUACAAUAUCAGGAACAAUACCGCUCAAAUGAGAUUGACCCGGCUGAAGAAGAAGCUGGAAGCUAUGGAAGACUCGGCAAACAGCGAAAACAAGACCAAUGACCCCAAGGUCAUGGAUGAAGACCCGGACAAUGAUGAUGUUCUGAUCAAAGACGAAGACCUAGAGGAGGACUAUGAUGUGACUCAGAUCGAGGAACAGACCUACGAUGAUACCGAACUCGAAGAGCAGGCCGAGGUCAAGUCCGAGAGCGAGUAA